AUGUCUCUCUCAGAAGAAUUAUCAAAGGUCUACGACAUAUUUCAUACAACCGCACCACCGGCACUGACUGUCCCAGUCAGAGAUGCCACAUCCUCUAUCAAAGCUGCCUUUGACCCAUCCAAGGCCAUCCAGCCAGGUCACCAAUUCCCAUCAUUUUCCUUGGAUGAUGCUAAUCAUCACACCGUCACAUCGGAAAGCCUGCUGUCUAAGGGCCCGCUACUCAUCACCUUCUACCGUGGCUCAUGGUGUCCAUUCUGCAACUUAACCUUACGCGCCUACCAGCAGCAUCUCCAAGCAUUUCGCAAGCGAGGCGUCCAGUUCGUUGCCAUCACCCCCGAGCUCCCUGAUACCUCGAUCUCUUCGGUGGAGAAGCAAGAGCUGGAGUAUCCCGUCCUAUCAGACGUCGGUUGCAAGCUUGCCCGCCAGCUAGGCAUCGUGUGGGCUCAACCAGACACUAUGCGUCCAAUCUUCGAUCACCUGGGCGUGGAUUGGGAUAAGGACUAUGGUAACGGUGCUAGCGAGCGUCUAGAAGUGCCAAUCCCGGCUACCAUUCUCGUUGGGAAGGACAGUGUGGUGAUGGAAACAUUCAUUGAAGCGAACUAUCACGAGCGCCUGGACCCGGAGAUUGCCCUAUCGUGGCUGGACAAGCACCAGCUUUGA